UUGGUGUCAGUGAUAAAAAGCCCCAACUGAACGGUGUCGAUGUUGACAAUCUGAAAUACCAACAUGCACUGUUUUGGCUAUAUAAUUUUUGUCCUAUUAUGGACAAAUUGUAUUCUUCAGAAGGUAUCCCAGCAGAUGCAAGUUCCAUAUGAUGACUUGGUCAAUCUACUUACUGAGCCAGAGAUUCCAGCAAGUUGUGGUCCUCCACCUGCUAUUGGUAACGCAAUGCUUCUAAACAACAGAAGACAGGAAUUCUUAUCAGGUGAAACUGUGAUAUAUCAGUGCUACAGGCUGUACGAAAUGGAGGGCACUCCAAUUGCAAAGUGUGAGAAUGGCCAUUGGAGAGGUGUUCCGAGAUGUGUUCAAACUUGUAGAGCUGAUGAUGUUGAUAUGGACCGCAACAAUAUUCAACUGAGGUGGAUUACCAAGUCAACCUCUAUGAGAUCGUCUGAUUAUUGGAUGGAGUUUGUGUGUAAACCAGGAUUCCAUAAGCAUCCAUUAUCAUCACCAUUUAUGAAACAAUGUGUAAAGGGACGAUGGGUGUAUCCCAGAUGUGUAUAAUAGAGUUAACUAUUUUUUAAUUCGCCUAUUAAAAAUCCACACAUAUUCACAUAACUUUUUCCUUGCAUGUUGGCGUAUAAUUGCCUGUCUUUAAGGUACUUUUAAAAAUCAGAAAGAAAGAAUGAAGGGGCAAAUUGUGUUGAUUCUUAUCCUGUCUGCUGACAUCUCCUGUAAUUGGUGAUUAUUUGUGAGCUCUUUGGUCUUUAGAAUCCUCAGAAGUGAAACUUACCAUAUUUUUCGGAGUAUAAGACACACCGGAGUAUAAGACGCACCUACCUUUUUUGGUGAGGAAAAGAAGAAAAAUAAAUCUCCCUCUGCCUCUGAGCAAUUUUGCCUCGUUGGACCAAACAGUAAACAGCCUGCUCUACUUUCAUUUUCUUUUUCAGCAUAGCUUGAUUAGCACAAGGGAAAAAAAUCUGCUCCAGCAAUUUACCUCUUUGCAACAAGCAGCAGAGCCCUGCGCAAAACAGCUCAGAGCAAAUCAGCUGAGAGUCGGGAGGCCGAUCCAAUCAACAUGUGCUUAUUAGGCUGUGCUGAAGCUGAAAGUAGCUGUUUUUUCUUGCUGUUUGCUUGCAAGGAGGUAACUGCUGCGAGGCAGAGACCAAAGGGUGGGGGCCAGUGGGUGGGCGGGGCUACAUUCGGUGUAUAAGAUGCACCUAAAGUUUCACCCCCUUUUAGGGGGAAAAAGGUCUUAUACUCCGAAAAAUACAGUAAGUGAUAUGUUUUCAUCUGUUCAGAAGAACAAAUACUAAUCAGGUUUCCUAUUUAAUCAUAAUUUCCACCCCUUCUUGAUUUACAUUGUGUGCCAUCUCAAAAUCCCAUCUGAAGGAGGGAUUACAAUACAUUACUCUGCCAAUCCACCUUUCAACUGUAGACCAUUGUAAGAAUCCUAGUACCUAGAACUGCUGUUUCAAACUGGCAUUUCAGGUUGUCAUAGCAAACUCACAGGAACCAGGAUAUUUUAAAGGGAAACACAAUGAUAUUCAACAUCUGCAGCGCAGAAACUGCUAAUUGAGCAUCACUGUGUUUCCUUGAAAAUUUAAAAUAUUCCACAGCGCUCCUAUGUGAAUUCAUUGUUUCUAUUAAACUCAUAGUUCCCAAACUGUGUGCCAUGAUGCCGCAAGGUAUCAAAGCCAGUUCAUGAAUUGAGGGGCAUUGUGAAAAACCUACUGAGAUACUAUGGGCACCAUGAACCAAGAAUGUUUGGGACUUACACACUUUUCCAAAGAUUGAUUUAGUCCUGCCAGCUUAUCAAUAUCAUCUGUAGUGGCCUCCCAUUAGUUUAAUGGGGCUAUGUGUUACAGCACUGCUAUAUAAACUAUCCUUUCAGCAUUCUGGCCUGUGGUUUCUAUUUUAAAAAUGUGCAUGUGACAGAUAACUUGUGUAAUUAUUUUUUCAGCCAUUAAUUAAAAACAAGGCCUUUAGUUGUAAAACAAAGAAUGUUAAAUUAAUUGCUUUAAAACUUUUAGGAGUUUACUAGGAUAGCAACUGACAGAGCAGGUCAUAUUGUACUGAAAAGAAUUCUAAGGCUACCAGGUGGUAAUUAAAGAAGCUACAAUUCAUCAAGAAAAUGUGAGGAUGACUGUGUUUGCCAUAAUCUGUUUAAUUCAAAUUAUAUACAAUACAUAGAACAUCGCAUGAGUUUUUAUCCUUGUUAAAAACUCUCAUUUUUAGAAAGCUGGGAUUUGUAUAAAGGGAAGUAUGUUUAAAAGCAUCCUGUAUAUUGUUAUUCUAAUUACAUACUGCUUAAGUUGUUCUAACAUGUUAAUGUUAAAGAAGAUAUAAGGAAGAAGCAAACCUUCUGGGAUGAAAUAAUGUAAGCCAUAAAUUUGUCACUUGUGGAAAGUUAGGUAGAAUCAAUAUUCUUUAUUGUUUGAAUCUCACAUAUUAUCAAUGUCUUUUAUUCUUUGAUCACUUGAUUCCUGAUGUAUCACAUAUAUUUUGUAUGUAUCAUUUGUUUCUGUAUUGUACAAAAAACCACCCCUUGAAUAAAGACUGCUUACUUUGCCUGAA